UCUUUCUUCUUCUUCAGGCCAAUGGCUGUGGGAUUGCCAUUGAUGUUCCUCCUUGUCUCACAUUUAUUUAUCUUAGGAGUAACAUCGAGGAACAUUACGAUAGUGAACGAAUGCGAAUUCACUGUGUGGCCGGGGAUUCAAACAACGGCUGCUGAUCAUCCGUUCAACAUCUCUGGCUUCGUUCUCAAGAAAGGAGAGAGGCGUGAAAUCGACCCACCGUCUACAUGGAAAGGUCGUAUCUGGGGCAGGUCACGAUGCUUGACCAACACAACCGGGAGUUUCUCAUGCCAAACCGGAGACUGCAACUCUGGAGAAAUCGAGUGCUUGGGAAACUCAGGCAAACCUUCUCUCACUCUAGCUAAGUUUAACUUCAACAAUUCUCACGGCCUGAAUGAUAGCUAUGAAGUUAGCGCCGUUCAGGGUUAUAACCUUCCAUUGCUGAUUGCCCCCCAAAAUGAGCCAACAUGUACCAGCACUGAUUGCAUGGUUGUCACUAAUAAAUACUGUCCUCGGUUGGCGGUGAAAGAAUAUAAACUUUCAGGAAUUAGUUGCGUCAACGCUUGUGAAAAAUUCAAUUUGCCUGAGAUCUGCUGCGAGAGUGACAGCGAUAACAAUUACGCCUCUGCGGAAAAAUGCCAACUGACGGUUGACUCGCAGUCGCAGGAUCUCAGGAGAGCAUGCCCACUUGCCUAUAACUACGAUGACAGUAGCAACCUCUGGAAAUGCACAAACUCCGCUGGCUAUCUCAUCACUUUUUGCCCCUUAAAUGCCAGGAUAACCAACAACAACGAGGAGAACGCACUGGCUCCGUCUCCCUCUCCAGUACCAAACAAGCAUGCUCCAACUCACAGGACAUCUAAAAACAUUGGACCGGCUCUGGCUCCAAGAGGAAGUCGAACUCAGUCUCCAUUUCAAGCCAUACCGAAAAGACAAAAACGAUCAUGGAAGUUGAAACACAUACUCGGUGCCUUGGGAGCUUCUGUAUUCAUCAUUAUUGCGGUCAUUUUAAUGGCGAGAGCAAAAUAUGCGAGGAAGAGUAGUAGGAAUGGAAAAAACUUUGAAGCAGUUGUAAUGUUGAGACAAUAUAGUUACGCAAAAGUCAAGAAGAUGACAAACUCAUUUGCGCAUGUUCUUGGGAAAGGAGGAUUUGGAAUUGUCUACAAAGGAAAAUUACCUGAUGGAGGCCAAGACGUUGCAGUAAAGAUCUUGAAAGAUGUAAAGGGAAGUGGAGAAGAGUUCAUCAAUGAAAUAGCAAGCAUGAGUAGAACGUCUCAUGUUAAUAUUGUUUCUCUGCUUGGAUUUUGCUAUGAAGAGAACAACAAAGCAAUAAUAUACGACUUCAUGCCGAAUGGAUCCCUUGAUAAGUUCAUUGCCGAGAAUAUGUCAGCGAAGAUGGAAUGGGAGACGUUAUACAAGAUUGUGGUAGGUUUGUCUCGCGGCCUAGAAUAUUUGCACAACCGGUGUGUAUCGAGGAUUGUGCAUUUUGAUAUAAAACCACAAAACAUACUCAUGGACAAAGAUUUUUGCCCCAAGAUUUCAGAUUUCGGGCUUGCUAGGCUUUGCAAGAAUAACGAGAGCAUCAUGUCAAUGCUAGACGCGAGAGGGACCUUUGGAUAUAUUGCCCCUGAAGUGGUUUCUAGGAAUUUUGGAGGAGUUUCGCACAAGUCAGAUGUAUAUAGUUAUGGGAUGGUCGUUCUGGAGAUUAUUGGAGCAAGGAAUAGAGAAAAUUUUGAGAAAUCUGGAUCAAAUAACAGUUCAAUGUACUUUCCAGACUGGAUCUAUAAGGAGUUCGAGAGGGGAGAGAUCAUGAGGUGUUUUGGGGAUCAACUAACCGAAGAAGAAGAGAAAAUUGCAAGGAAAAUGGUAUUAGUUGGUCUGUGGUGUAUUCAGACCAAUCCAUUUGAUCGUCCACCAAUGAUCAAAGUCAUUGAAAUGUUAGAAGGAAGUGUGGAGGCUCUCCAAAUUCCACCUAAGCCUCUCUUGUGUUUACCCACGGUAGCUGUUCCAGAAAUUCUUGAAGAUGGUAAUGAGACUUCAAGCGUCUCUAACCCAAGUCAGUUUGAAAGAUGUACGCUCUCAGCUGGCGAAGACACUUUACGCAACUCUAUUUCCAAAGAAGACAUAGUUCAGUGUCCAGACUCUUAAAUUAAAGUCAAGUGUGGAUCUUUUAUAACUUGUCAAGAUGUUGAUAUACUUUCGUUGGUUGUUAGUUCUGAUUUGAUUGUGUUUUUUAAAUACUUACAAGAUGAUAUCCGGUGUUCUU